GCGCACCACACCUCCGCUCUUCCAUUGUUUUUCAUCAACGUCCAACAACAACAUGGCAGAGCCGCCGUCGCCCCAGCAGCAGCAGCAGCAGAUCCCGCCGCCACGAACCGGCACGACGCUUCCCUUUAUCUGGCCGCCUCCACACCACCUGCAAACCCCUCCCCCCUUCGAAGAGCCGGUGCUGCCCUUCCCGCCUCCGGAAAGCCUUCUCGUCAGAGAAACCAAGCUCGACGCUCUCAGGUGCGAAGAGCCAGACAAGCAUCAGGGGCAACAGGUGUACGACUCCCUCACCCGACCUCCACGGGCUGGCGUCAACUAUGCGCAAGCUCGAGGGGCAACAGCGGACGAAGACAUGCCCCGGUGGUAUUCGCCUACAGGCCCAGAAGAUGACACCGUCAUGUUCGAGUCGCGCUUCGAAUCGGGAAACCUUAGGAGUGCCGAGAGAAUAGGCGAGUCGGAGUACAACCUCCAGCUAGCCUUCGACAUCAAUACGGACAGGCAUACCCAGUGGUUCUACUUCCGGAUGUCCAACAUUAGGCGUGGCCGGCCCUACAAGCUCAACAUGCAGAACCUCAUGAAGACCGAGGCGGUGUACAACCUUGGCAUGCAGCCGCUAGCUUACUCCGAGUCGCGUGCGGAGCAAGAAGGCGUUGGGUGGUAUCGGACGGGGUCUGACGCGUGCUACUUCAAGAAUCAGCUCAUGAGGGCGGGGCUGAAGCCGUUUUGGACCCUCACCUUCACCGUCCAGACAUCCUUCGACCAAGACACGCUCUACUUGGCGCACUGCUUUCCCUACAGAUACUCGGACCUGCAGCAGUACCUGAGCAAGAUACAGGCUUCUCCCCUUGGGGCUUGCAGUGCUAUACGGAGGAGGCGUCUCUGCGAGACCUUGGCCGGGAACGAGUGCGAUCUCCUCACCAUCUCUACCCCCGGGGGUGAUCACGCCAACAAGAAGGGGAUCGUUAUCUCAGCUAGGGUUCAUCCCGGCGAGACUAACGCCUCCUGGAUGAUGAAGGGGGUCUUGGACUACUUGAGCUCCGACUGCCAUUGUGCCGUCGCCUUGAGGGACAAGUUCAUCUUCAAGAUCGUGCCUAUGCUAAACCCUGACGGUGUUGUCGUGGGGAACUACCGCUGCUCGCUCGCGGGGGGCGAUCUCAACCGCCAGUACGAUAACCCGAAACGGGAGCUCUUCCCCGAAGUCCUACACCUUAAGCAGAUGAUCUCCAACUUCGGCAUCGGGAACGAGGUGUUGCUGUACGUGGACCUGCAUGGCCAUUCCAAGAAGAGCAACAUCUUCAUGUACGGCGUGGAGAACCCCACCGAUGAGGCCCUGUACAUGCGAGAGCGAAUCAUUCCCACCCUUCUCCACCAAGCCAGCCCAUUCUUCAACUUUGCAGACUGCACCUUCGACAUCGGCAAGGGCAAGGAGGGAUGCGGCAGGGUGGUUGUGAGAAAGCAGCUCGGCAUCGUCAACGCCUACACCAUGGAGGCUAGCUUUAUGGGGGCAGAUCAGGGCGAGUUUCAGGGCAUCCACUUCCACCAGGGGCACUACGAGGCCAUGGGCCACUCCCUGUGUGAAGUUCUGCUAGACUUGGUAGACACGGACCAGAGCAAGGUCGAGGGUAUCGUCCGACGUUACAGGGAAAAGUGUCCCAUCGACCAGUCGCGAGUGGUGUCAAAGCGAGACGACUACGGUAACGGCGACAGCAGCAACAGCAGCGCAAGCUCCUCCUCAGACGAUGACAACGACUCAGAUAGCGGACGCCGUCACCAUCACCGUAACCACAAUCGACAACGCCAAGUCACCAGGCCGUCAUCCUCCAAGCCUUCCACCCCGACCGGUCGAGAAAGCGGCGCGGGUGAUAACGGCAAGUCGCGACCAGGCCCUCGGCCUGCUUCUUCUUCCGCCGAGAAAAAUGGCACCCCUCGACAGAACGGCAGCGGCAACAAGGACGAGGGCAAGGGGGGAACUCCAAGGGGCGCGCUUGCCAAGAGCAAGAGCGUCACCGAGCAGCGUACACCACCAACAGUGACAAAGACAGCGGUCCCGCCGAAGAUCACCCCCACCCCCGUCGCCCGACACAGCAAGGCCAUCGUCCCUACCCCGCAGAAAUCCACGCCUUCGGCGAAAGCGACGAAACCGGAUACCCCCAAAGGUUCUUCCAAGGCUGCCGGUGAAGGUGCUGCCGGAAAGAACGCCUCUUCGAAAAACGCCUCUUCGAAAACUGGCGGCCCCGCGAAUGCCACCGCCGCGUCCUCUUCCGCGGGCAGCAAAACUUCCGGCGGCGCUAGAGAGAAGGGUGCCACGGCCGGCAACGCGGCUAAGGAGAGGAGUAAGACAGCAUCAUCGUCACCGAGGGUGAGCGCGGUCACGACCGUGGCUCGGGGAGAGAGCCCCAAGCUGGCAGCGCCGGGGCGGUCGAAAUCGAUCUCGGCGGGGGGAGGGGGUCCCAAGCGGUCGAAAAUCGCGGGAGUGCCCCCAUUAGCCCUCCCGAGAAGGAGUACCACAACUACUGCUAGCGACAAGAAGGGUUCGACAAGAAACAGCAGCAGCGCGGGCACGAAGGGUAAACCUAAGGGGGUCCCGUUGGUGGGUACGACACCCCCCCCCCCUCGAAGACCGGCGUCCUCGCCGGGCUCGCGCUCAGUGGCUAGUCCCCGACGACGGGCCACUUCAAGAGCAGACCCCCCCAAGAGGUCGCCCUCUGCACCGCCACCCAAGACCACUGGGCCGAAGCGUGCCGAGGCCAGCAGCAAUGCCACUAACAGUCGCAGCGUUGGCGCAGCGGGAGGAGGGGGCAAGGGCAAGGGGAAGGUGAAAGGAACGGCGGGAGGAGGCGGGAAGGCGGCUCCUGGUGGGACUAAGAAAGGCGAGAAGAACGAGGCCUUGCCGCUGCCGCCGCUUCGAUCCAAGUCUCAUAGUACCGCGACACAGACUGCGAGUAGGUAAAAGAGAUGCUUCAUGUAGGCAAUAGUGUAGAUACUCAGCACGAUUGAUUUAGAGCACUUGUCGGAGAAUCCAUGGGGUCGGUCGUCGUAUCGAUCAACAAAUAAGUAAGUACUAUUUUGUGUCCUAUUGCGACGGUUCGUUUUGGCGCCCGAUGUUGCCGCCGUUUGUUUCAUUUUUCUUAGACUUCCUCCAUGUUCGUGUCCGUCUCCACCACUGUGUUCGGUGCUGCUGCUGCUGCUGCUGCCGCGGUUGUCUACAUUGUACCACGACUACGUAUGGCACGCUUUCGAUCUUUUGACCUUUUUUUGUGAGGUUGGGUGCCGCCGGUGGUGCUGAGUGUUUUGUAUGCAAUCGGGUGUGGCUGCCAAUGCGACCCGCGGUGUGUUGCGACUAGAGAGAGCCUAGUGUAGGAAGGUAUGACUGCAGUCCGUGUACUUGGGAUCGAGCCUCAAUAAGUCACGUUUGUAUGGUCGGAGUGCGUUUGAAGCGGCAACAUGAGCAGAUAUCUCGCAGACUUGCGGUAAUCAAGCGAAUGGUCUUCUUGUUGACUUGUUUGGUUCGGGC